CUGUCCAAUAUGGCGGCGUCCAUGGCGAGGACCUGCUCCCGGUUGUUUCGCUUUCAAUCAUGUGUUCUUCGGAAGCUAUCGCCUCGUUAUUUGGCCUUCAACGAGAAAUUCCACAGUUCCCCUGCCUUGCACAGUGGACUGCUGCUAUCGUUGAACAAACGGGGAGUUUUGAAGGAGUCUUUCCCCGAGGACGCUGCGCACGAUCAGCUCGCCCGUGUGCUGGAGUCCGGCGGUCAGACGGUUUACUGCGGCUUUGACCCCACGGCCGACAGCCUUCAUGUGGGAAACCUGCUGGCGAUCAUUGGCCUCCUGCAUUUCCGAAGUGCGGGACACCAUGUCCUCGCUGUUAUCGGCGGGGCUACUGCUCAGAUCGGAGACCCGAGUGGGAAGACGAGCGAGAGAGAGCGCAUCUCCGCUGACACCCUUGAAGGGAACACACACAGCAUUAGGGAGAGCAUCCAGAGAAUUUUCACCAAUCACGAGUUGAACUUUCAUGACAGCAGCGCCAAGAAAAAGAUGGGCACCGUGACUGUACUCAAUAAUAUGUCCUGGUACAAGGACUGGAACGUAGUGGGCUUUUUGUCGGAGGCUGGAAGACAUUUCCGAAUGGGGACGAUGCUCAGUCGCCACAGUGUGCAAUCAAGACUCAAAAGCGAGGAUGGCAUGAGCCUGACCGAGUUCACAUACCAGGUGUUCCAAGCCUAUGACUUCUAUCACUUGAACCAAAUAUAUGGCUGCAAGAUCCAGCUCGGAGGCAGCGACCAGCUAGGCAAUCUCAUGUCUGGCCACGAGUACAUUCGCAAAGUGUGUGGUGAGGAGGUGUUUGGGCUGACCCUCCCCCUGGUGACCAGCUCGGUGGGGGACAAGCUGGGGAAGACGGCCGGGAACGCCGUGUGGCUGAACAGAGAGCGGACCACACCGUUUGAGCUGUACCAAUACUUCCUCCGUCAGCCUGACAACAUUGUCGAACGGUACCUGAAGCUGUUCACCUUCCUGCCUCUGGGGGAGGUGCAGGGGCUGAUAGAACAGCAGCGGCUGGACCCGGGGAAGAGGCUGGCCCACAAGCGGCUGGCGGCGGAGGUCACCAAGCUGGUGCACGGCAAGGAAGGCCUGGAGAGCGCCAAGAGGUGCACCAACGCGCUGUACAACAGCAGUGUGCAGGCCCUGGAGCAGAUGAGCGAAGAGGAGCUCCAGGAGCUCUUCCACCAGGCCCCCUUCCACGAGCUGCUGCUGGAGCCCGGCUCCACGGUGAUGGACGUCUGCCGCCGGGUCCAGGCCGUCCCCGACGGACCCAAAGGGUACCGUAUGGUCACGGAGGGAGCCGUAUGGAUCAACCACACCCUUUCGGACAAGCCGGAGCAGGUCUUGAUACCCAAGGUCCACGUCCUGUCAAAUGGACUGAGCCUUCUCCGGGUGGGCAAGAAGAACUUCUACAUCAUCAAGUGGCUCGGACUAUGAGCUGGAAAGCCUCUUAGGACAACCGGGGGGGGACAGAACAAGCUCACACUCCACAAGAUUUUCACUCUGUUGGACUUAGCGUGGAGGUAGGGAUGAUUAGUCCUGGCUGGGCCAACAGUUGAACAAUGAUAAAUGGAUGGAUGGAUGGGUGGAAUGACAGACAAAGAUGUUGAGUCAAAUUGUUGGCCCAUGCACAUGUAUUACAUGUGUUAACGUAUAUAUAUGUGUGUGUGUGUGUAUAUAUAUAUGUGUGUGUGUGUGUGUGUGUGCGCGUGUGUGUGUGUGUGUGUGUAUAUGUGUAUAUAUAUAUAUGUAUAUAUAUAUAUAUAUAUAUAUAAUAUAUGUGUGUUUAAGUGUGGCCCAGAUUCAUGAUUAAAAAAAUCUAUUAUGAUGUUACGGUUGUAUGAAAUAAGAUGUUUUUACAUAAAUUGGAAUAUUAGUAGCAGUUCUCAAACAUUACCACUAGUGGGCAGUCUUGUUCCAAAAAUUGGAAGCAGGCAAAUAUUGCUUGGGUUGGCUUCUAGGGAGAGAAGUACUAUUUCCCCCAAAAAGGAUACGCCUAAUAAUUGUUUAAAAGGUAAUAUUUCUGUAAUAUAUUUAUUGAUGAUAGACUCUAUACAUUGUAUCAUGAAUCCGGAAAAAUAAUCUAAAUUGACCACUUGGUUGUAUUUUUCCAUGGACUGAAGUUGUAUCCCUAGAUUAGAACUGGUAUAAUUAAAUUAAACUGUUUUUACAAUAAUUAAUCUAUUAUCAUUUGUAAGUCAUCUAUAUAUUUUUAUCUGAGAUCUUUGUCAAAUUUAUUAAAUAAUUGGUUUCAACUAAGCAACA